GCACUAUAAAACUACCGACGCUUGAGUGUGUUUGUGCAACUUUGAAAUGAAUAUCGCAGUGUUUUAUUGUGCUUGACAAUCAGGUGCAUAUCUGUGAUUGGGUUUAAUACAACUCACACAAAUAUACGCAUUGUUUACGUUUUCGAUUAUUUAUUCAGUGUAAAAGUUAUGGGCCCCAACGAUAAACUGUGCUUAAUUGAAGGAAUACAUUAAUUCUGAUAAGUAAAAAAUAUGGAGGGGAGCUUUGAAUUAAGUUUGGUUAGUGAAACUGCAACGACGUCUCCACAAACGGACGAACGUAACCACAAUCCUAUUAUCCCUUUUUCAUCGGAGUUUCGAUUUUUGGCAAUUCAAUUUGCACACGAAAAAAAUUUGAAAGCCCGACGGAAACUCUUGGAAAUGUAUGGAAAUCAUUUAAUGAAUUUCAAGCGUUCUAUCCUUAUUAACCGUCGACGUUGGCAAGAAAGAUUGCAUCGUCGGCAGGCGUUACUGCGAUCAUUUUUCAUCCAACACAUGAUGGAAUUGGAAACGAGUUUUUUAGAGCUUAUUCCUAUUCCGAAAAUAGGUAGUAUACAAGUAAAAAAAGAAACCAUACCUCAGAACAUUUCGUCAACUGGAGAUUCCAUCCACAUGCACCGGUUUUACGAAGAUGCAAUGGGACUAUCAAGUGAGGAACACUGGCUCUCAAGUUUUCAUAUCCAAAAAUUAUCUUUCAAAUGGAUCUGUAAGCAGUUAGAAGAAAUUGUGCAGCCUGUAGGACAAAAUUUCCCCUACCGAAAGAUCAUUUCCCAUGAAAAAAAAAUUGCUCUUGGCUUGUAUGUAUUUGCCAAUGGUAUCGACUACGUUGAAAUAGCUCGUAUAUUUGAGAUUCCAUUUCGCACAACUAUCUGUAAAUUUAUGAAAUGUUUUGCUGAAGCGAUUAUAAGAAAAUGGAGUAAACAAUUUUUGACUAUGCCGACAACUGAAGAAGAAUAUGAUCGGAUUGGGAAUGCGUUUUACAACGCUUCUAAUAUGCCGCCAGUGGUCAUGGGGGUGCUAGGAGUAUGUGAAUUGACAACCAAGUCGUUAAAACAAGUUAAUAUCAAUGCACAUGAGCCAGGAAAUUCUACAAUCAUUAUGCAGAUGUUGAUAGACAAUAAAUUGCUCUUCCGAAAAGUUAAACUAGAUUCAAAUCAACCAACCCUAUUUCUGGAGGCAAUAAAUGAGAUUUCAAAUCUUCCACACAAAUUAAUUAAUCAACAUCCAGUUUCACGCUUCAUUGUGACGCCAAAUACCUAUUACCCACUAAGAAAAUGGCUCAUGCACAAAUAUCAAGAUCCUAUGGAGCCACACGAAUUUGACUUUAAUGAAGCUGUUGACAAUUUAUUUGUCUUCAGAGACCGUGCUUUCCAACGAUUGUUUGCACGGUGGCGCAUUUUAAAGUGUAAUGAUGAUCUCGAUGCUCGAACGAUGGAAAAAAUUGCUCUGGCCUGUUGCAUAUUACAUAAUAUCCUAGAAUUGAACGAGGAACCGUUCGAUAAGGAAUGGAUGAAAUGGCUGGAUAUAGAAAACGCUAAAUUUACUAUGAGCACACGAUUUAAGCCUGUGCUGAACGUUCUUCAGGGAAGAGCGUACUCAUGGGAGGCAGACGGCGCAUCUGAAGUACGUGAAUUCCUUGGUCGAACUAUAAGUUCGACGGAAAUGUAGUAUUUACCUACCGACCGACUUGACCCAGAAAAUAUUUCAACGGAAAUUGCCAACUAGAUAUACUACGAAUAAAAUAAAUAGUUUCAAGUUGUAUACAUAC